AUGAGGCGCCUCCUCGAAACGCUCCGUAGCCUCGGUAACAAGUCCGCACCGGGGCAGGCUCACCCGCCUCCUCCUCCACCACCGCCUCUCCUGCCUACCGACCGCCCACGCCCCAACACACCGCCAGAUCCCUCCACGCCUGGACAGGUCGAUCGUCUCGGAACUUUGUCUCGCCUACCGGCUGAGAUAUGCCGGCAGAUUCUCACCGCAGCAUUCGGCGGGCGAGAGCUCCAUCUGGACCUGCGCCUCGUUCCCCGCCACUGGCGCCCUCUGCACGGCCGGACUGGUGAGUCCGCGCAUGGCCGCGGCUCGGCGCCCUGGAGCGGGAUCACGCCCAAGUUCAAUCCCCAGGACGAGCGCGAGUGGCGGUGGUACGGCUGCGUUUGUCACCGGCAGAUACCUUGGCGCCGUCCUCACUCCCACAGCUGGCCACACCACGACGCUUGUCUGGUUGGCGAGGCAAACUUGUGCUCAGUCUAUCCACCGCCUCCUGGCAUGCCGGCGGGCAGCUGCGACUAUAUAAUCGGGGCGCUCGGCUGGCUGCGCACGUGUCGGCAGGCCUACGUGGAGGGAAUCUCGGUGCUCUACGGCUCCAACGUGUUCAUCCUGGAGAGUCAGGAACUUCUCGAUCUCUUGCUCGACCCGGCCGAGGUCAGUCGGGGGCACGUAGUCCUGCCCCAGCACCUGGCCCUGAUAAAGUCCCUGGAGGUGCGUAUAGACACCAUGCUCUUCCAGAGGCCGGGCCAGGACUACAGUGGCGGAUACAGGCCGAAUUGGAACGGGCGGCGGUCUCUGCCACACUUGGGUGGGUUAAAGGCCGCGUUCCCCCGUCUGCACUUCCUCGUCAUCUCUUUUACGGAAUACCUGUACGACGACGGCGCAACCCGCCCGGCAGCUCGGCUGCUCGAGCUCAAGAACGUGCUGCUCGAGCCCUUGGCCGAAGCGCUCGCCCCGUUCGCGUCGACCCAGAAACAGCCUUUCGUAGUUGAGCUGCCGAUUGGCGUCUUCAGCGACCUUGUUGAUUUCAGCGGCUUUGCAAGGGAGGUGCGCGAACACCGCUUUGCUGAAGGGUGGGCAUGGCUGCGAUACCCGAUACGAUGCAGCGACAAGGAGUUGUUCUAUUACAUCAAGCAGGGCACGGAGAGUGGUCUGUACUGGGAUCAUCAGGACAGACCUCGGACCUAUGGAGAUACCUGGGGUCACCUCGUUCUCAGCUGA